AUGAAACCUCAAAUACAGAAAUCUAGAAAAAAAAUUCCAAAAAAUGAUGUAUUUGGCUUAGGGCCAAAUAUGUGCUAUGUUAAUUAUAACCUACCUAGGGCGUUACCUAUGAACCAAUACCAAGUUAAAAAACUGAUUAAGGAUGGAAACGUGCAGAGCUUGGAAGAAAAGUUACUGAAUGGCGAAGGCUAUAAAUUAAUUGGACACUAUUCGACAAAUCCUAAAAUUAAAGUGUUUUUACAAUCAGUUCCGAUUUAUAUAGCCCGUAUGGAUAUGCUGCAAGAUUCUGCUUGCAAGGGAAAUUUGAGAGAUAUGCAAUUAUUAUUAGAAAAUGGAAACACGUCAAGAAAUAUUUACAAAAUUCAUCCUGCAAAAUUAGUUUGCAGCAAAGAUUUAAAUGGAGUAACUUUACUGCACAAAGUCGUUUAUUAUGACUAUUUAGAUGUUGUUGAGUGGCUUGUGAAGAACUAUCCACAAACUGUCCACGUUAAAGAUAAAACUUUAAGAAUUCCAUUGCAUUAUAUAUGUUCCUGUUCAGAAGUUUCACGGGUUUGGGAUUUAAUGUUAGAAGCUGGUGCUGAUCCUAACACAUUAGAUAUAAAUAAUAAAACGCCAACUUAUUAUUUAGAAUAUAGUGAAAAUAUUACAUUGCCAAAUAAUUAUAAAACCGAUGAAUCAGAUAAAGAGGUUCCUAUAAAACCCUCCAACAUAAGAAUAUGGAUACACGAAUGUAACAUAAAGCAGCUUUCAAAGGUAAUUUGGUCUGGAUUGGGAGAUAAGUUGUUGACUGAGACUAGCAAACAAACAACGGUGAACAAGUUUUUGAAAGCAGUGCCCUACAUAAUGGGUAUUAUCAAAGAAAUUCAUAAGGCUGUUAUUGACGAUAAUAUUGUGUUAUUGAAAAAACUGAAUCGUGAUCCUGUCCCUAUAGAAGUUUUAGCUAGUAAAGACAAGAAUGGAUUAACUCCAUUACAUAAGGCCGUAGGACUGGGUCGUCUCAGUAUUGUUGAAUACAUAAUAAACAAAAAUCCAAAAAUGGUGAACAUAAGAGAUAAUGAUGGUAGAACACCUCUACAUUAUGUUUUUAUCUCUUCAUCAAAACAUAUUUUACCUAUGUAUAACAUGCUUGUUGAAGCAGGAGCAAAUGAAAAUUUAAUUGAUAAGAAUGGUAGAACUCCUAAAAGUGAUGGUGUGAAGAUAAAUGACAUCCCAAAUGAUUUAUUAACUGUUCUACCAAAAGCACCAAGAAUUGCAUCAGAGUUUCCAGCUUCUUGGGACUGGAAUAUUUUUUAUGAACCUGUUGAUAAAUCUGUAAGCAAAUUAAAAUCUAAAAAUAUGCCAACUCAAGAAUCUGAAAUACAAAAUCAUUCAAUUACUAGUAGCACAAUAAAAAAAAAUUCAACAAAUAUUGAUAAUACCAACAACGCUGAAAUUACAAAUGAUGUUGAAAACAUUGACAAUAUUAAAAUUGUAAAAUAUAAUGUUGAGAAUAUUAAUAAUAUUGAUGACGUUAAUAAAAGUGAAAGUGAAGAAGAAAUUGAUCCCAAGAAUAUUACUAAAAAUGAUAGUUCUUUUAUUCAAUCAGAACAAUUAAACAUUGAAGAUGAUAUUGAUGAUAAUAGUGAACAUAGUAAAAAUAGUGAUCCCAAGAAUAGAGAUAACAAUUUUAUUUCUUUAUACUCUCAAUCGGAACUUCAAGACAUCGACGAUGUUGAUAAUAAUGAAUAUAAAACAAAUAAUGAUCCUGAUAAUAGAUAUGAAAAUUAUAUUUCAUUAUAUAGAACACCUGCAGAAUUUCAAGACAUCGGUAGAACAAACAACAUUGUUCCAAAAUCUAAUAGUCUUACGUUGGGUGAGGUUAGACAAGCAUUGAAUAAUGGUCUGUUGGGAGACAUUUUACCUAUGGAUGGCCCGGUAUACAGAGUCAAUAGUUUAGAUGAUAUAAAUAAUAUUGAACAUUCUGAUAAUGAUGUAUUGGAGUCCACCGAAAUGCAGGAACGUGUAAGCUCGGCUCAAAUAAUAGUAAAACAAGGUAACCUAGAACAAAUAGCUGAUUAUAUUUUAGAUGGUAAAUAUGAAAAACUCGUAGGAAUAAGAUCAGACAUACCAGAAAUUCAAGAUUUUCUUGAUAAAACACCAUUUUAUGCAAAUAAAAUUGAUCAAAUUCAUCGAUGUUGUGCUGUAGGAGACUUAGAUGAAUUAAUUCAGCUUUUAGAUCGAAGGAAGUUCUGUUUAGCUCGUGAAUCUAGAAGUGGCUUAGGCUUAACUCCUAUACAUACAGCAGUUAUCUAUGAACAAUUUGAUGUGUUUGGAUACCUGAUGGAUAAGUUUCCAGAAACUUCAAAAUUGAUUGACUUGCAAGGAUGGACUGCAAUAGAUUAUAUAAAUUAUAUGCAAGAUAAGACAUUUAUAGACCAAUUGUUGGGUACAAAAAGUAAUUUAUAUGAUUUUCAAGCUGAUUACCAUACGCCACCAACUUUUGGAAAAAGUGAUGUCACAUUUGAUCCAGAUAAGAUACGUAAAACUUUAGGUUACAUAAGUUACGUCACAGAAACUGUCGACGAGGAAAAUAUUGAUACAGACAUGGACAGAUCUUGUAAUAGCUCUGGAAAAUUACUCUCAGUGGUUAUGAGUGCAAGUCAAUUUUCUGCUGAGGAUAGAGAAUACUUAAUUAAAGCCAUUGGAAAACCACUAACUUCUGGUUUGAAGGAACUUAUAAAACACCGACCAUCUAAUCCAACUCUGUACUUAGCUGAACAUUUGACCAACCAUUACAAUGAUCCGCAAUUAGAUCAAGAAAGCGGAGUGUUGCAACCCAGAGUUCAGACACAAGGUAUAAUCGACGGAGAUCAACCUCUGGUUUCUGAAAAUAUGCUCAGACCUUGGGAUGUAUUCAGUAACUAUCAGCCAGAGUUCAAAAAAAUUAGUCGUGAUGAAUUUGGAAUGAACAUGAUUCACUAUGCUGCAUCUAGAACACAUAACCGCAAUGCGUUCUUUCAAUUGUUGCAAGAACUUGAUGCGAAUAUUGCACUUCGAGAUGAAUAUUAUAGAACUCCAAGAGAUAUUGCCAUAACUUCAAACAUUAGAGAAAAUGUGAAAACUAUUGAUAAGUUCGUGGUUCAUAUUAUAGCCAGGGGUGAAUAUAACAAAAUAAUAAAUCUUUUAUUGGAAGGGUAUAACCAUAUUUUGGAUUUGAACACAGAUAAAGACAUUCUAACAUUACCAUUAAGUAGAGGUCACUCUCACGUAUCAGUUAUCCUUCACAGUAUACCGACUUUUGAAGAAAAACGGAAGCGAUUACAUCGAGAAAUUGUUUUGGGAGCCCAAAAUCAAGUUGAAGAAAUGCUGUACGAGCGUGAUGACGAGUGUGUCAUGUUGGCUAUGGCGAAAAACGAACGAAGUCGGUGCAGUUUACAUAUAGCUGUACUAAGUCAGAAUGAAGAGAUUUUACGGUUAAUUGCCGAACAUUUUCCUACUACAUUAUUUGUGCUUGAUAAUAUUGAACGAACCGCACUACAUUACGCUAUGUCUGUAGAUCAAGUGGAAACAAUGAGUACAAUUUUAAUAGGAAGUGGGGCCAAUCGUAUAGCUAAAGACCUGAAAGGCAGACAAUGUAGCUAUUAUUUCAUGAAUAAAUUAGAUAUUCGAAAAAUGCUGGAAGAAGAGGGAGGAUGA